CUUUGAAUACGAAUAAUGAAAGGACGAUUUGUUACACCAGGGAAAACGUUCGAGGCGGUUGAUCCAAGAACAGGGGAGGUGAUAACAAGAGUUGCAGAAGGAGAUACAGAGGACAUUGACUUGGCUGUGAAGGCUGCACGUCACGCAUUUGACCAUGGCCCUUGGCCUCGCUUGUCUGGCUUUGAGCGAGGAAGGAUCAUGAUGAAGCUCGCAGACUUAAUUGAAGAAAACAUAGAAGAAAUAGCCGCGUUGGAUACCAUUAACGGGGGCAAGCUGUUUGCUCAUGGCCAGGUCUUGGAUGUCCCAGGUGCAGCAAGGACUCUGCGUUACUUUGCAGGUGCAGCCGAUAAAAUUCAUGGGACAGUUUUAAAAUUGUCAAAGGGGCUUCAGGGCUACACUCUCAGGGAACCCAUAGGGGUAGUCGGACAUAUAAUUCCCUGGAAUUUUCCCACCAUUUUGUUUUUCACGAAGGUUGCCCCGGCAUUAGCCGCAGGUUGCACCAUGGUUGUCAAGCCAGCUGAGCAGACUCCUCUUUCAGCUCUUUACUAUGCUCAUCUUGCUAAGCUGGCUGGCAUGCCUGACGGAGUGAUCAAUGUUGUAAAUGGAUUUGGAGAGACUGCUGGAGCUGCCAUUAGCGCUCAUAUGGACAUUGAUAAAGUGAGUUUUACGGGGUCUACAGAAGUUGGACGUAAGAUAAUGGCAGCAGCAGCAGCAAGCAAUCUGAAACCGGUGUCGUUAGAGUUGGGAGGCAAAUCUCCUCUAUUAAUAUUUGAUGAUGCUGAUAUUAACGAGGCAGUAAAUAUUGUUUUCGGCGGCAUGUUUUUUAACAAAGGAGAAAUUUGUGUGGCAAGUUCUCGUGUUUAUGUUCAAGAAGGCAUAUAUGAAAAGUUUGAGAACAAGUUGGUAGAGAAGGCAAAGUCAUGGGUAGUCGGGGACCCUUUUGACCCUCGAGUUCAUCAAGGACCACAGGUUGAUAAGAAGCAAUUCGAGAAAAUUCUCUCUUACAUUGAGCAUGGCAAAAGAGAAGGAGCUACUUUGCUAACAGGGGGUAAGCGUGUGGGCCAGAAGGGAUACUACAUCGAGCCCACGAUAUUUGCAGAUGUUAAGGAUGACAUGAUCAUAGCCAAAGAAGAAAUUUUUGGACCCGUAAUGUCAUUGAUGAAGUUUAAAACCAUGGAAGAGGCAAUCAAGAGGGCAAAUAACACAACUUACGGUCUGGCAGCUGGGAUUAUAACCAAGGACUUGAACGUGGCGAACACCGUCUCGAGAUCGAUCCGCGCCGGCAUCAUCUGGAUCAAUUGUUACACUGCGCUUGAUGUGGAUUGCCCCUUCGGAGGAUACAAGAUGAGCGGCUUCGGAAGGGAUUGUGGAUUGGAAGCCCUUAACCAGUAUCACCAAAUCAAGUCCGUUGUGACUCCCAUUCGCGAUUCUCCCUGGCACUAAAACUAAUCAUUGUAGUACUAAAAUAUACCAGGAAUGUAGUUUUAGUAGGAUGAAGUUCCAACAAAAUAAACAGUGGCUUCAACAGCAGAGCCCAGGGAACUACCUUGUUAUGCACAGGGCAAUCAGCCAACCAUGUGGCCUUGGUUUGUGAUUUUAGCAAUGUAAUUCCAUAAUGCCAGUCUUUAUCAA